AAGUCAAAUCUGCGAUACUAUAGUAUUAYUUUGCUAUUACAAGUGCCAUUUUUUUAAUCCAUAAAAAAUCUGAAAGACGUGAYAUCAGUUCGAACUGUCGCUAAGGCAGGUUUUAUUUGAACGAGCUCGACGCCAUGCUUUAAUUACUUCACAAAUACUGAAAAUAACAUAUGCUCUCAAGGGCUCUCCCCGGCUCGACAGGUCCGACGCUGGUCUCUACUGAAGAUGGUUCAUGAUAAUAUAUCUUUAUAGCAACCCUAACUGAAGAGAACAAGGUAGCAAGGUUGCGUGCAUCUACAAUCUUUUUCGGCUCAAGAAAUAAAGUAUUCAAAGAAAAGAAAAUAGCAUAUGGUCAAGGCCUCUUCCAGUUGUUUGGAAACGGCUACGUUGUCUUCUUACUGAAGAAUAUUACAAUCUUGAAGUAAAUAAUACAACAUCAGAACAGAAGAAGCAAGAAAGGUCGUUUAUACCUACAAAACGUCAGUUUUUGGUCCAAGGAAAGAGGUUUUUUAAGAUGUURCAGCAGAUAUUACUUUCUAUAAUGAUCUUUAUUGGAGUGGUCCUAACACCGAUCCCUGCGGUACAAGGCAAGAAAUCUUUAUAUAUUGGAGCAUUCUUUGGUGUGAAUGUAUCUGAUGGAGGUUGGAGCUCACAAGCUUUGAUCUACUCGCUUGAAUUGGCUUUACAUCAUAUAAAUAACGAUAGUACAAUACUGAAGGAUUAUCGACUGUGGUAUGAAUGGCGAGAUUCAAUGUGCGAAAGCGGCGAGUCAAUCCGUGCUUUGCUCAACUUGAUUGAUCACGACCCACAUAAGAUAGCGUUCCUUGGUCCAGGCUGCUCAGUGGCUGCAAGACCAGUAGCCGACUCUACAAGAUAUUUCAAAUCUGUUCAAGUAGGGUAUAGCAUUACAUCGCCAAUAUUUACAAACAUAGCUAAGUUUCCAUACGUGUUCCGCACUGCGCCUUCAGAAGCGAUGGAAAACCCAGCAAGAGUUUCUAUCCUGAAGCAUUUCAAUUGGAGAAAAGUAGCCGUGGUCACUCAGUUAAUGGACAUAUACACAAUGACAAGAGAAAAUCUACUUGGUUUGUUAGCGAUUGAAAACAUUACUCUUAUCACAUCGGAGGGAUUUCGAGACGAUCCGCUUCAAUUAAUCAAACUGCUUAAGGCGAAAGACGCUCGUAUCGUCAUUGGUCUAAUGUAUGAAGAUAGAUUUAGAAAGACAAUGUGUCACGCCUAUAAUGAAGGUUUCUAUGGUAAAAAGAUUGUUUGGAUGAUCGUUGGUUGGUACAGCCCUGAUUGGUGGAAAAGGACCGAUGACGUCACAUGUACGUCCGACGAAUUAAAACUAGCGUCUAGUAAUUUGAUAGAAACGGCCCCGCUGGAUAUUACAUCAUCUUCAGAACCACUGCACAAUCUUAAACAGAGCGCCAAGGACCUCAUCAAAGAAUUAAACAAAUUAAUGACAUCAAACAACUUUUCAACAAACCUGUACACGUCGUUCACUUACGAUGCUGUAUGGACCAUAGCACGCAUGCUCAACAAGUCCAUACCGCUGUUAGCAAAGCAUAACAAGACUUUGGAAUCAUUGACGUACAAGGACCAAACGGCGGUUGAUAUAUUUGUGAAGAUACUGCAUCAAACGGAUUUUAAUGGAAUGUCGGGUAGAGUUACAUUCGAUAAGUAUGGAGACAGACAGACAGUCAUUAAAAUAGUUCAAAACAAAGGAGGGAAUAAAAUAAACGUCGGAUUCUACAAUGUGCGAAGAGCUAAACUCAAUCUCAGCGAACCAGGAUUUGAUUGGCCAGAUGGUGUCCCUCCAAAGGCAGAAACAACAACAAAAAACAUGACGUACGCAGAGGAACCAGCUGUCACAAUCACUUUCAUUUCAUUAUCAACUUGUCCAAAUUCAUCAUUAUGUGUGAUUUCAGAUGGUGUCCCUCCAAAGGCAGAAACAACAACAAAAAACAUGACGUACGCAGAGGAACCAGCUGUCACAAUCACUUUCAUUUCAUUAUCAAGUCUUGGAAUUAUAUUCUGYUUGUUUUGUUUGGGUUURAACUACUGUUACCGCAAYCACAGGUAUAUUAAGAUGUCUUCACCUCAAUUUAACAAUGUGACCGUACUUGGCUGCUGUAUGUGUUACACUGAUGUCUUACUAUCGACGAUAACAGCCUCCGACUUGACUUCAUCUCAACAACUGAUAUGUGUGCUUCGACCGUGGUUUCUUUCGACUGGAUUUACGCUUGCUUUUGGAGGAAUGUUCGCAAAAACAUAUCGGGUUUACAAGAUAUUUACAAACACAGAGCUAAAGAUAGAGCUUGGACCGUUAGGCAACGCUACAUUGUUUGUUCGUUUAGCAGUUUAUUGGGUUGGUAGUAUUGGAGCACUGUUGACUUGGCAGAUCACCUGUCCCAUCACAAGCAAACUCGCUUUAAUCGAAAAAAAGGAGAUUGACAACGAAGACUUCAUCUAUUUAAUCAAUUUUCAUCGUUGUCACUCACUUUACUACAAUGAGUGGGUGACUGGCCUGCUGUGCUAUCAAGGUCUGCUGCUACUAUUUGGAAUGUUUCUCGCUUGGGAAACGAGACAUGUUGAGCAUCCUGCAUUAAACGACUCCAAAAGCAUAGCCUUAGCGGUGUAUAAUGUGUUYAUAUUUUCUGCAUUGACGAUACUAACAGAGUUCUUACUAACGGAUAUUCCAACCAAGCUGAUUCUAUCGCGGAUAUCAGUGUACRGUUGUUCGACGUCUACGAUUUGCUUCUUAUUUGUACCAAAGAUUUAUCAUAUCAAGAAUGGUAAUCGCGUAUCCGCCGUGAGUUCAUGUCAAGGUCGCAGCCAAAAUACGGCCCAUGAUCCUUAUCGCAGUGACGUCAAUGGAUGACCUUUUAUGGRAGUAGGACAUAACUACACACGUUCCAGACUCCGCGGUUCUCUAAACGGCAUAGGUAUCCCACGCGUUCAAUUCACAAGCGGUGCUCAUUCGUUUUUGCGCAUGGUAGACUUAGKAAACCAAGAGACURUUACAGAAAGCACAGGAACCCCAAAAGAACACAGMAAACCCACGUGUGCACGGAUGUUCGUUGGAUAAYAUUGGCMUUCUCUUUAUUUUGGGUUAGGUUGGAAAGGMCCUGGAUUUUAACCCAAAAAUUGAAAAUUUCGCGCUUUAUAUUAAGAACGGUUCUUUAAAACGUUCACUUCCAAUCGUUAUGAWACUAGACUAACGUUGUGAUAUUGGCCAUUUUUCUUGGCCAAGUUUUGCAAGGUCGUUAUAUUUUGAUUAUAGAAUGACACUUCCAAUUCAAUUUCWAUUUCCUUUUUAUUUAUCGUUAUAAAAAAUACUUCUCCUUCGGUCACGUG